AUGUUUUUAAAAGAAAUUUUCAGUUUCAAAAGAACGCCUAGUGAUGACUAAGAGAAAUAAAAAAGAAUUUCCUAGUCUAGCAAUUAUUCAGAGAAUGGUAGAUAUAUGGGUAGCGUAGAUUCAUCAGCACCAUCUUCACAUGCAUCGACUCCGAUGUCUAACAAUUUUAAUAAGCAAUCCAUAAAUUUAAUACUUGGAUAAGAAGAUCUUGAUAGUAGUCUCAAAAUCUACACUAAAAAGGAAUGGAUUUAAGUAACUAAAACUAAAAAUAAAGAGAGUACUUCUUAUAGUGAAAUAAAAGCCAAUUUAAGAAGAGGUAUUCCUAAAUCAUUAAGACCAAGAAUAUGGUUUUGGCUAGCUAAUGUGAAGAAAAAUUAAUAGUAAUAUGAAAGAGGGAUUUAUCAGAGGUUAUCAAGCUAUAUAAAUCCCGACUGGGAUAACGAAAUUAGGAAGGAUGUAAAUCGUACUGUAGUUGAAUAGGAAUUUUUCUAAGGAGAAGAUUCUCUUGGAUAAAAGUAGCUUUAUAAAGUAUUAAAUGCUUUUAGUAACAUAGAUGUAAAUGGAACUGGUUAUGCAUAAGGCAUGAAUGUUAUUGCAGCGACAAUUCUUUUGACUUUACAUGAUAAGAAAAAUUUUGUAAACCCCAAAAAAUCAUUUGGCAAAGAAUAAGUCACCAAUGAAGAUAUUGAAGAAUGGGCAUUUUGGAUACUUUUCUAUAUAAUGCAAGAGCAAAACCAUCAUAAAAUUUAUUAAAAAACGAUGGUAAUGCGCAAAUAGUUGCUUGAAUCCCUUGAGAAUAAAAUAAAAUUAGAGUGCCCCAGAGUUCUGGAGGCUUUAAAUCAUCAUAGCAUUGAUUUUGGAUUAGCUUUUGACUAAGAUUUUUUUUCUAUAAUGUCAUAUAAAUGUCCUUUGCCUCUUUCUUAAUUUGCUAUGGACAUGUUCUUGUUUGAUGGGCACAGAGCUCUUAUCGAUAUAAUCUCUAGAAUUAUGCUUAUAAAUGAAGAAGAGUUCCUCGAAUGUAGAGAAUUAGAUGAUAUGCUUAUGUUUUUGAAGUAAAAAAAGAAUGAGGAUUCAUGGAAGAAAAGUCGUAAAUCCACAUUCAUUUUGGUCCCUUUUGAAUAUUUGUAGUACGAAAAUGGAAGACAGGAAUGA